CAGUAGAACCAACAAUCGCCAUUUUUAAUGGCGAUACGUAAAAGAGAAAAAACAAUUCGCGUUUUAAUAAGUUUAGAAUCGAUAUAUCAACAGUGUGGAGGCGUGACUGCAGUGUAACGAUUUUAUUAUUGUUGUAUUUAAAUAAACAAAAAAAAAAAAUUUAAUGAGUAUUACAGAAACAUUUCAGAACGGGAUGGUUUUCGUUACCGGAUGUACGGGGUUUCUGGGGAAAUUACCAACAGAAAAAAUUCUUAAGGACGUGUGACGUGAAGAAUAUUGCGAUUCUUGUUAGAGGUAAAAAUGGUUUAACUGCCAAUCAAAGAGCGGAAAAUAUGUUUAAACAAUCUAAACAUUUCAAAACGGGACGAUUUUCGUUACCGGAUGUACGGGGUUUCUGGGGAAAAUACUCAUAGAAAAAUUGCUAAGGACAUGUGACGUGAAGAAUAUUGCGAUUCUCGUUAGAGAUAAAAAUAGUUUAACUGCCAGUCAAAGAGUGGAAAAUAUGUUUAAACAAUCUAUAUUUGAUGGCCUUAGAAUUGAAAAACCUGACUUUGUGACCAAGAUAAAAAUAAUUGAUGGACAUUUAGAAGAAAACUUAUUAGGAAUUUCAACAGAAAAUCGUGAUUGGUUGAUAAAAAAUGUGAAUUUCGUUUUUCAUUGUGCUGCUACAGUCAAAUUUAAUGAAGCUCUCCAGGUAGCAACAAAGAUAAACAUUCAAGGAACAGAAAAUACAUUAGCACUAGCAACGGACAUGAAUAAUCUUAAGGGUUUUGUGUAUGUAUCAACCGCUUAUUCACACUGCCCGAGAAAUGAAAUUAAAGAAGAAUUCUAUCCCGUUCCAAUAACGGUCAAAAAAUUAAAACAAUUAAUUAUACUAGAUGAAAAUAUUGACAACGUUUUGGAAGAUUGGCCUAAUACAUACACUUUUACUAAAGCACUCACCGAAAAUAUGAUAUUAACGAACGAAAACCAAUUACCGAUUUCAAUAUUUCGUCCAUCAAUCGUAGUUUGCACGCAAUCUGAACCAGAACCAGGUUGGUUUGAUAGUAUGCAAGGAAUAGCUGCUCUAAUUACUUCAGUCAUCGUUGGAUUUGUAAGAGCAUUACCAAUUUCAACGAAUAAAAAAGCAGAUUUUGUCCCAGUUGAUUACUCUGCCAAUGCACUAAUUAGUGUAAUGUGGGAUACGGUCAUAAGAUAUAAAAAUAGUGAUGAAAAAAACAAUGAACCAAAAAUCUAUAAUUACGUGUCUAGUUUUGACAGUCCCUUACUUCUGGGCACGUUCCUUAACUAUGUUUAUGAAACUUACUAUGAGGUGCCUCCGUUACAAUCAAUAUGGUAUAUAUGUUGUGUGUAUUCAGCAAAUCGUUGGAUCAUUAGUAUUAUGAGGUUUUUAUUACACCGAGUACCUUCUGCGCUUGUAGAUUUGUCAUUAUUUAUUUGUGGCAAAAAUCCAAACAUGUUGAAAAUGUAUGCGAAAACAGAAAAAUUAACGGAUACGCUUAGUGUGUUUACUACAAAUGAGUGGAAAUUUGAUAAUAGUAAUACCCGAAAAUUAUGGACGUUACUAAGUCAAGAGGAUCGCAAGAAGUUUCACUUCAAUUUCGAAGGAUUUGAUUGGAGGCUCUAUACACGAAAUAUAGUUUUUGGGGUUAGGAAACAUAUUCUACAUGAAGACUUAAAUAACAUAACAAAAGCAUUAUCAAAACAUCGAAAGUUAUUUUGGUUGCAUCAGUUGUGCAUUUGUUUUUUUAUUUACAUCGUAUUACAAGUAUGUUGGAUGUUUGUGGUACUACUACCAUUGUAGAUCCAAGAAUAAUGCGCUUAAAGAACUGCUCUCGUCAACUAUUGUUGUGAUCAUAUUUUUUUUUUAUUAUCAUUAUUAUUAUUAUCAUUAUUUUAUUAUAUCGUCAAUCAAAUAUUAAUAUUCUCAAAUCAUAUUUCAAUACCUAUUCAUGUACCUAUACACAACAACAACAUUAUCUAUACCUAUACAAUUUAUAAAUCAUCAUUUUUGUCUAUUUGUUACUAAACGUAUAUCUAACUUUUUAACUAAGUGUAAAUAGUUUUGAUGUAUAACAGGGGCAGCGCGUGAGCCGCAAGUGGCCACCCCUGAUAUAUAACUUAAAACGAGCAAUUUCCUAUUAGAUUUUAAUACAAAAUAUGCAUUUUUGUGAUGUUAUAAAAAAUAUAUUAUUUAAAAAAUUGGA